AUGUCCUCUGCAGCUUCAUCGAGAUCAACGUCCUCGGCCGGCUCAUCCUGGGGAACCGAGGCUUCACCCACGACAUCCGCUAGCUCGCCUCCGUCUACAAGUGCCUCAAAAAAUACACCCAAGCUCCGGGGCAGCUCCAAGCCCACGUUUCUGUUCAUCGACGCGCAGGCCGACAAUCCGCAGAAUCCCUCGGUCAACAAGCAAAAGCAGGCUUUCCUCCAGCGAAACUACCACCGGAAAAAGAAACAAGCCUCGAUUGAGAGGCUGAAACCUUCCAAACCAUCCCCGCGCCUUGUCUCUGGUGGAAAUUGGGAUUUCCCGCCAGCGUAUCCUUGGGAAGCCCUCGCUGAAGAGAAUGAAGAUCCCCAGUUAGACCGCCCGCAAGGGGCCUUUAACCGAGUGGCCAAAAUGUCGGAGAUGUGGUCUCUGAAAGCGUAUCUGAGCCAGGGCUUCGUGGAUCCCUUUUCCGCCUCGGCCGUGCAAAUGUCCGACUCGAUGAAUCUGUAUUUCCAUCACUGUAUGAGCUUCUCACGGUACGAUGAGUUCACUGCUGACAAGACAGUCCGGAUCCACACCAUCGCCUCCUGCUACCCCCUCGACUCCGCCCGUAUGAGCAUCUGGUGGUGGCAGCGAGCCAUCUCCCAGCCAGCUCUGCUCCAAGCGCUCCUCUUUCUCACGGCGGGCCACCACGCAACCCUCGAAUCCAACAACGGCGUCUCCUCCACAGCCAUCGAGAAGUCCAUCAAGGACUCCCUCCGUCUCCGCGGGAGUACCCUCAAAAAUCUGAACGAUAUCCUGCAAGAUCCCAUGAAAGCCGUCGCAGAGUCCACCACUCUCGUCGUAGCUUCGCUGGUGGCCAUCGAGGCCGUGGACGCCAACUUUGACGCCCUGCACGCACACAUGAAGGGUCUAAAGAGACUCAUCCAUCUCCUUGGCGGCCUCGACGCCCUGGACCACAUGACCCUCUCCAAAAUCUACCAGAGCGACGUCAAAAGCGCAGCCCUCAAAAACUCCCGUCCCACGUUCCCCAUGUCCGCGCGCUGGCGCAGCGAGAUCCUCCAGGAAUCAACACUCCUCCGCUCAACGGACCACCUCCAGGUCUCCAAAUCUCUCGAGACACUAGGGAACAGCUUCUUCGCCGCACCGUGGUACCCGCCCUUGGACGGCAGCAUGAAGACAUUCCUCCAGGUCCUGCAGCGCCUAAUCAUCUACUUCGAGACCGCGCAGCAGCAGCCCUCGAUCGUCAUGCCGACGGACAACGACCUCUUCCUGGUGUUCGAGCACCAGCUCCUCUCGACCGUGUAUGAGUCCGACGCGAAUCCGCUGCAGGAGCCUCUGCGCCUGUCACUGCUGAUCUACCUGAAUCUGCGCAUCUGGCAUUUCCAGACCUUCCCCUUCAUGCAGUUCAUGGUCGAGGCUUUGAGGAGGAGUCUGGGACCGGCGUACGGACAUGCGCAGUCCACGGCGUCGGAUCUCCUCUUCUGGAUCCUGUUCAUCGGAGGGAUGGCGUCGCAGGGCUAUAAAUGUCACCCCUGGUUCGUCAGCCGGUUGACGGAGCUGGCGCGUCGUCUGGAUUUGAUCGAAUGGGAGAAGGCGAGAGAGACGCUUGGUGGAUUUUUCUAUACCGAUCAGCCGGGCGAGAGAGGUGCAGAGAAUCUGUGGAAUGAGGUGCUUCUGAUGGAGAGUUACCCGUACAUCGCCCCCAAACCGACGUUCCAGGUCCUCAUGUUAUGA